AUGGAUUGUGCGGAGGGCAAGAUGGUGGUGCACAAGGGCGGUUGCCACUGUGGUAAGGUCCGCUUUGAGAUCGAUGCCCCGGAGAGGAAGGGUUUCCUGCACUUGAUUGUGCCCAAGUCACGGUUCCGCUUGGGCGAAGGCUCACAGGAGGCGCUGUCGCUCUACACGUUUGGGACGCACACGGCCAAGCACUACUUCUGUUCCACCUGCGGCAUUGGGUCAUUCUACAUUCCUCGGUCCAACCCUGAUGGCUACUCGGUCAAUGCACGAUGUCUGGACGAGGGCACGGUGAAGGAGAUGCGCGUCAUCCCCUUCGACGGCGUCAACUGGGAGAACGCGGCCGCACUGGCCCACAAGUCCAAGGAGUAG